AUGGAAGAAACAAAAGUAAAGGCAACUGUAGAACAAGCUCUUUCAAUUUUUGAAAAACUUUCAUUGAAAGCGGUUGACAAUAAAGAUUCCGAAAAUGUCGGGGACAGCAAAAUACCAAGAAAGUCAUUCAAAACUACUUUACUCUGUCAGAAAAUGCAACAACCUUCUACAGCAUCGAGCUACACUGCCCGUAUUUUCAAAGAUCGUACUCGACAUCGUUAUAAGCCGUAUUUAUUACCUUUAAUGAGCAAAAAAGUGGAAACGCUUAAGCGCAUUUCUGUUUUGGAAAAACUCUGGGGCAUUAAAUUAGAAGGCGAUGUUGACGAGUUGCGGUUGACACUGUCAGAGCAACCAUCCAUUAUGGAAAGGAGUAAAAGCUCAAGCUGCUCGGUUGAAGCAUCACGAUAUUCACCGUGGGAGUUAGCGGAUGAAGGUGUGGAUGGCGAAGUUGCUGAACUAGCGGAAUAUUUUAACCAGUUUGUUAAUAUUUGCUUGAAAAUGUCGGUCCUGGCUGAAAGUAUGUAUGCAUAA